AUCUAGUCUGUGAUAUAAAAGAUAUAAAUAAGACCUGUGAUUAGGAAAAACUCUCGUUUUGAAAGUUCAGAUAUCACGAGGAUAUUGGUCCGAUCACUAUUCACAUUCUUGGUCGCUUCGCAGCCGGCAUGUGCGCUUUGCAAUCGAUUCCGUGGUCAACGCAUGCCCUGCUUGCUCGUUCUUCAUGGAAGAGUCUUCAGUCUAUGGUAUUCUGCGAUACAAGAUACGCAGAAGAAGAAAUGAUCUAAAGAGACAAUAAUCUCUGUGUUGAAUGAGCAAUCGUAUUUCGUUUUUCUUGUUUUGAAAUACGUGAUAUAUUUUACAAAGACUGAAGAAUCUUAGCUCUAGAAUGUGUUAAAAUUGAGAAGAUAAAACAACCAAGUGUCACGCCCAGGAAUAUCUAUGGGCCGUAAACGGUGGUGGCGUGGAGGUCCGGAGCUGUUAGUGCUCUUUGUUCUCCAUCAUAUAAUUCUGGGUGACGGUGAUGUUGGGUGUCUGUUCAGCAAAAGCCUCUGUGAUUCUCGCACGGAAACAUGUUAUAAUGAUCUUGCAUUUGGUAGAUGUUUGCCAUUAUAUUCUGACUUGAAUGAAGAAAAUUACUAUCAAUAUGACUUUGAUGUGAACGAAUUGAAGCUAUUAAGAUUACAAUUAGAGAGGUUGGAAGUAGAUGGAUAUAAAUGGUCUCAUCCCUACACGCAAUGUAUUAUGCAAAUGUCCUUAUAUAAUUUACAUCAUGGAGAAAAUUAUGAUCUUCGGCUGUGUCAGCAUUUAAAACAACGCACACGUUUCGAAAAUAAAAAUGAAAUUGAUCAGGCCAAAAUACCUACAAUAGCCAUAGUAAAAUUCACACCUAACAAUGAUAAGUUCAAUAGUCAAUUUGCCAAUGAGCUCUAUUAUCCUCCUGGUACGCGAGAUCAAUAUUUCCGUAAUUAUAACAAUAAAUUUUCUCAAUCACCAUAUAAGGAACAACUUAAAGAAACAGAUACUCAAGUAUACAAUUCGAGGUACAAUCCGAAAUUUUACAACGAAUAUGAUUCUUUAACAAAUGAAGAAAACUAUGAAGAGAAUGGUGAAAAUAAUUCGCCAAAAAGACCAGUAAGUUUCGAUAGAUUUGAUGAAAGAUUAUAUCGAACCAGACGGCAACCAUAUAAUUUACGAGAUUAUGAUGAUAACGCGAUGGAAUCGUUUAAAAAUGCUUUAGAAAAGGAAGAAUUGAAGAAGAAACUUUCAGAUAAUAAAAAUUCAAAUUCCAUGGAUAAUUUAACUGCUGAUGAUGAAUUAGAAUUUCUAGUGAAUGAUAAAUCUGAUGAUUAUUCUGAUAAAAAAAAUAAUGAAGAUGGAGAAAUUGAUAUUGAAUACGAGAAAACAUUUUCAAGAAAAUACAAACCUAGAAAAUUCAUUGAGCUUCCGAAUAAAGAGUCUCUUCUAGAAAAUAUGAAACGGCACGGUAAUUUUAAGGAUAAUUAUGAUAGUGAGAUUGAUGAUUAUGAUGAUGUGAAUGAUGUAGAAGAAUUGCCUCAAAAGGAUAGCACAUCGAUAAAAAAUGGUAUUUAUACUGAAGGAGGACUCGUUCAAUCUGUUGAUGAUAAAUCUAACAUUGGCAAUGAUGAGAAUACCUACGAUAAUUUAUUUGAAAAUGAUUUAAGCGAACUUCUAUGGAGACGUGGAUUAGCUGGUUUUAAACGACGGGAACGUUUGGAUGUUAAAAAACCAGGACCAGCAUUUUCAACAAAUAAUUACGCGUUUAAAACUCCAUCUCCAAUCAUUUUAAAAAAUGAAAAUCGGCCUUCCAUCGAAACCGAACAAUAUAAUAAUAUAUUAUUAACUCCAAAGAAGGAUAUAGAAAAUAUACAACAAGCGAACAGUUCAAAAUCCUACAAUAAUAUUGAUCUAGAUCAUGUUUACAUAGAAUUUCAGCAACCAUUUCAUGCUUGGAUAGAAGCAAAACAUGUUGUACAAGAAGUGGAAAAAUUAUUAGGACUAAAAUUUGAUUCUUUAAAAGAUAUUCGAGUUGGUAGGACAGAAGUGACAUUUAAAGUUGAAAAAAAUAAUCAAAAUUAUAGUGCUAUUGACGUGGUUAACAAAAUAGAUGAUAUACGUGGCAAGUUGAAAGAUACUCUGGAAGUCGAGGUGAUUCGUGCAGGCAUAGGUGACAAGAAGAAACUACCUGCAACGCUGGAAGUUAGUAGGAAAUCUGAGAUGAAUUCGACUAUGCUUGGAAUAUUAUUAGCUUCAGGAUUUGGUGCUGCCAGUGUAGCUGCAAUAAUCACAUUGAUGAUUGCUCGUCGACACGCUAAAUUUCGAGCCAAACUGGCAGGAUUGGCUACACCUGAUCCAGAAGCUUCAAAGGAUUAUCAAGACUUAUGUAGAGCAAGAAUGCACGCUAAACAGACAACAGAUAAACCGGAAUCACCGCGAAUUACUAAUUUAAGUCGGGAAAAUGAAUCCAAUAAUUUACCGUCGAAUCGAUCUAGCACAUCCUCUUGGGGAGAGGAACCAACUCUUUCAAAUAUGGACAUAUCUACUGGACAAAUGGUUUUGAAUUAUAUGGAAGAUCACUUAAAAAAUAAAGAUCGAUUAGAUCAAGAAUGGGCAGCAUUAUGUGCGUAUGAAGUAGAUCCUUCUUCAACAGAAAUCGCGCAAAAUGAAGUAAAUGCCAAAUGUAAUCGUCCUGGCGCGGCAAUUCCUUACGAUCAUUCCAGGGUGAUUCUAAAUGAUCUUGCUAAUACCAACAAUUCCGAUUAUAUUAACGCCUCCACGAUCAAAUCGACGGAUCAUGAUCCUCGAAAUCCAGCUUAUAUCGCCACACAAGGACCAUUACCAGAAACAACAGCUGAUUUUUGGCAACUAGUUUGGGAACAAGGCAGUGUCGUAAUUGUAAUGCUAACUAGACUUACUGAAGAGGGUAUUGCCAUGUGUCAUCGUUAUUGGCCUGAAGAAGGAUCAGAAUUGUAUCAUAUCUACGAGGUGCAUCUUGUAUCCGAGCAUUUUUGGUGUGAUGACUAUUUGGUUCGUUCCUUUUACUUGAAAAAUCUACGUACUGGCGAAACAAGAACUGUAACACAAUUCCAUUUCUUAUCUUGGCCUGAAAAUGGUAUACCACAUUCCAUCAAGGCACUUCUUGAAUUCCGCCGAAAAAUUAACAAAUCUUACAAAGGUCGAUCAUGUCCUAUAGUUGUCCAUUGCAGUGAUGGCGCAGGGCGUACUGGAACUUAUUGUUUAAUUGACAUGGUCUUAAAUCGUAUGAUGAAAGGAGCUAAAGAAAUUGAUAUUGCAGCUACAUUAGAACAUAUAAGAGAUCAAAGACCUAAUAUGGUUGCCACAAAACAACAAUUUAAAUUCGUUCUCAUGGCAGUAGCGGAAGAAGUACAUGCAAUUCUUAAGGCUUUACCUGUACCUCUUACAGAAAAAUCUCCUCUUCCAGAAAACAAUUCUUCGACAAAACAACAUCAGUAAGAUUUGAUUUAAAUUGAAAAAAAACAGUCGCGACGAGCAGAGGCAAAGAAUUAAUUAUAAUCCAUCGGACAAAUAUAAUCAAAUAUUUUUAAUCAUAAUCUAAAAUUAUAUCUUUUGUUUCUUAUAUCUUUUCCUUCUAUACUUUUGAAUAUAUUCUAAAUCUAUUACAAACUUCUAACGGAUUUCGAUUAUAUUUUAUUGUAGAAAAUAUCGAAUUUAAAAACUUUUUUAAGUUUUAAAUAUUUUGUUUAUAUAUUGUUGUUCAGUUGACAUAAGAUAAAUAUAUAUACAUAAAUUAUAUCAUCAAAUAAUUAUUUUUAAAGAAAAAUUUAUUAUGGCAAUCUAUAUUUAUUAUGUAUAUCGUUUGACUACGGCCUACUUGGAUAAUCAAGUAUAUGGACUUGAAAGACUGAGCUAUGCAACUGAUGGAAUUCUAAAUAUCGACUAAUAAUGGAAUCAUUUAUACUAUGUACUCUUAUAAACUUGUCUUUUGAAAUAAUCUUUAUAGUGAACAAUUUUAUCAAGUUUCAAUAUCAUUUAUUAUCAUAAAAUGAAUAUUUAUCUUUUUUAUUAUGUAGCUCAGUCUUUAUAUUAUAAUUUAUUUUAUUGUUGAAUUUAUAAUAUAUAUAUUAUGAAAAUUUUAAUUGAUUGAAUUAAGUUGCUUCCUCUUAUGAACAAAUCUACUCUAAUGUGCUUUACAAUAGCUUUAAAUAAGAUAUCAAAAAAUACUAUGAGAUAAUUAAUAUAAUUCUAUCUAUCUCAGAGUCAAUUCUAUCAAAUGUAUAUAAUAUUGGUGCUCACAUUGAUUAUAUCACAUAUGAUUAAUUUUUUUGAUUAAUAUUUGAUUAAAUUUUUGUAUCUGCUUUUUUAAAUUGAUUUCUCUAUAAAAAUUUUAAUUGAAAAUAUACAAAAUUUGAAUUAAAUUUUUAUGUUAAAAAUGCGAGAAUUGAGAUUCCCAUUAGAAAUUGAAAUCAGAAUUUUUAUACUGCUGUUACAUGUUCUAAAAAGUAUGGAUUUAAAUGAAUGGCCAUGAAUGUUGCUUCCGUGAAAUGAAAUUUUAUUAGAUUAAAUUUUUUUAAAUUAAAUGUAAUGUUUUAUGUAUAAAAAAUUGCAAGAAACAUUACUUAUUUACAUAUCAGUCUCUUUUCUACGCGUAAAAAAAAAAUGAUCGAGCUGCACAAUAUUCAAUUUAUAAUUAUUGUCAUUAUAAUAAUUUUUGUCAAAAAGAAAAAAAUA